AUGGUUAGCGGAAAUGAAACGACUAAAAACAAAGGAUAUGACAGCCAAUAUUACAUUGCGGCUGUCGUUGAGUACCACCCCAAUUUGGGUUCCAAUCCUUUGCAGUCAAUGCAGAACAAUUUACCAAUUUAUGAGGACAUUAUUCACCAUGCUAGUCAAUAUGAUGUUGAUAUAUUGGUUUUCCCGGAAGCUGGUUUGACUGGAGUUACUUUACCAGAUAAUCGAAAAGAAAUCAAAACAUUUUUAACAGAGAUUCCUUCCCCAGAAAGUAACACUAUUCCAUGUUUUACUCAAUACUGCAGCACAGUGUUGAAUAAGCUGUCAUGUGCGGCUCGACUUCAUCAUAUGUAUGUGGUAGUAAAUUUACCAGAAAUAGAGUAUUGCAAAAGAGAAGAUGACGACUCGUGUCCAGAAGAUUUAGCAAAUUAUUAUAACACAAACGUGGUGUUUAAUAGGGAUGGAAGAAUCGUAGCUAGAUAUAGAAAAUUUAAUUUAUUUGGAGAAUUAGGAUUUAAUCAUACUAGCGCAUCAGAAUUAUGCACUUUCGACACUGAUUUCGGUGUGAGAUUUGGAAUGUUUAUAUGCUUUGAUAUACUAUUUCAAGAUCCCGCAGCUCGGCUUAUUCGUGAAACAGGUGUUAAGGAUAUUAUAUUUUCAACGGCUUGGUUUUCCGAAAUUCCUCUGCUGACAGCUGAUUCUGUGCAAGCUGGCUGGGCAUAUACCAAUGAUGUGAAUCUAAUAGCAGCUAGUUACAACGCUCCAUCAAUGGGUGGUGGAGGUAGUGGCAUUUACGCUGGUCGGGACGGACCAUUAGUCAUGUUCAUGCCUGACCGACCUGGCACUCAGAUAAUACUGUCAAGAGUGUUGAAAAGACAAUACAACAACUGUAAUAUACAAUCAAAGAAAUGUUCGAUCGAUAGUAACUAUCAGACAUUUAUGUCAGAUAACCUUGUCUUACCUUAUGGUAAAGAAAAAUCCUCACCAAAUAUAAAUCGGCCCAGUGAUCUUAGGUCAGUUUGA